CAGUGAUAGUGCGUUGCUCAGCCAAUCGGAAGCGCCCGCCAGCUAGUUUUAGCAGUGCGGGGCUUGGUGACGUGGUCGGUGUCACCUCCCAAUACAGCGCUGAGCGCUGGGUAGAAUGGUUGUUGGUUACGCGAGUCUCUGAUACACGGCUCCCCGGGGCUACGAUGGCAGAGGGGACGCAGGAAGAUCCUGGGGCUGGCCAGCCGCCGCUGCUGGUAUUCCUGGAGCCCUCAGCGGAGGCAGGUGGGGAAGCCUCGCCGCUCGGUCCGGUCACCGCACAGCAGGGCAGGGUGACACCCGGAAGUGCUGUCCGUUUUUUCUCUGGAAGGGGUCGGGAAGAGGAGGCUGGGGAAGAGGAGCCGCUGCUGAAGAGGUCCGGGUCUGCCUCACCCAAGGCGGGGAGGAAGGGGAGACCGCGGCUCAGUUCCUCCUCAGACCGUGACAGCCUGCAUUCCUCCGCAGGUCAUGGCGGUAGUGAAGAGCUGAACGUAUUUUUGGAUGACAUCGAAUUUGCUGAUGUGAUUCACAGAGCCGAACAAGCUAUUGAAAGUGGUGUGUUUCCAGAAAGAAUUUCACAAGGCUCAAGUGGAAGCUAUUUUGUUAAAGAUCCAAAGGGGAAAAUAAUUGGCGUGUUCAAACCAAAAUCAGAAGAGCCUUAUGGUCACCUUAACCCAAAAUGGACCAAAUAUUUUCACAAAGUUUGCUGUCCUUGCUGCUUUGGCCGCGGCUGCCUUGUCCCUAACCAGGGAUAUCUGUCAGAAGCUGGAGCAUAUCUAGUAGAUGAAAAACUGGGAUUAGGCGUUGUACCCAAAACUAAGGUGGUUUGGCUGGUCAGUGAGACGUUCAAUUACAGCGCAAUAGAUCGUGCCAAAUCAAGAGGCAAAAAAUAUGCUCUAGAAAAAGUGCCACAAGUAGGUCGCAAAUUUAAUCGCGUAGGCUUACCCCCUAAGGGUGGUUCUUUUCAACUCUUUGUUGAUGGUUAUAAGGAGGCUGACCACUGGCUGCGUCGGUUUGAAACUGAACCUCUGCCUGAGAAUACUCGAAAGCAACUCCAGUCUCAGUUUGAGAGACUCGUCAUUUUGGACUAUGUCAUUAGGAACACUGAUAGAGGGAAUGAUAACUGGCUAAUUCGAUAUGAAAGCCAGGGUGACGUAAUUGCAGGUUCAGAGAAAGAGGAUGACUUUCCAGUAUCCAAGGACUGGAAUGAUAAAGAGCCAAUUAUUCAAGUCGCUGCCAUAGACAAUGGUUUGGCAUUUCCAUUUAAACACCCUGAUGAGUGGAGAGCAUAUCCAUUCCUCUGGGCCUGGCUUCCUCAGGCUAAAGUAACUUUCAGCCAGGAAACGAGAGAUCUGAUUCUUCCACGUAUCUCUGACAUGAAUUUUGUGCAAGACCUUUGUGAGGAUCUUUAUGAGCUGUUUAAAACUGAUAAAGGAUUUGACAAGGCAACAUUUGAGAAACAGAUGUCUGUAAUGAGAGGACAGAUCCUAAAUCUGACACAAGCACUAAAGGAUGAGAAAUCUCCGAUUCAGCUGGUCCAGAUGCCUAAAGUCGUAGUGGAACGUAGUCGUGGUGGAAGUCAGGGCCGAAUUGUUCACCUGAGUAAUGCAUUCACACAGACGUUUCACUGCAGGAAGCCGUUCUUCUCCUCCUGGUAGCCAGACAUGAGGACAACUGUCUUAAUUUCACAAAGCUGCUGUUUUGCACAAGUACUGUAAUAGGUGAAAACUGUUGCCAAACCUUUACUCUCUUAAGGAAAGUCUUUGAAUGUAUUUUGGUUUACAGUUCUGUCCUAUGUGAAUCUAUAUUGUCAGGGAUUCAGGUAAGACUGCAUAAACAUGUACUGUAUUUUAUACCUUCAGACUUUGUUUUCUGUGGGGGAAGAAAAUUUGUGAAGGAAAUAAUUGCCUCUGCCACAAAGUUGAUAAGUGCAGGGAUGGGGCGUCCUUGUUUUUGCAAAUUGGUUUUGAUUUAUUUAUAAUUGUAAAAGUAACUAUUUUGUUAAAAGAAAGUGUACCAUAUUAAAUUAAGGUCUAGUAUUGUU